AUGGCUAUAUCCUUCUAUGAAGAGGAUGCUAGGAGGGUAAUAUUCCCCCACGAUGAUGCAUUAGUAGUUACGCUAACGGUUGCCAACCAUAAAAGCCACCGAGUCUUGGUGGACAAUGGUAGUUCGGCUGACAUUUUAUACUGGCCGGUCUUCAAACAGAUGGGUGUUGACCGAGACAGGAUCCAACCGUUUGAUUCACCAUUGGUAGGGUUUGCUAGAGAACAAGUCCAGCCAAUGGGACUCAUCUCCCUCUCUGUUACAGUGGGGACAGGUCCUAGGCAGUCUACAACUAUGGUGGACUUCUUGGUGAUCGAUCGACCGUCUACAUACAAUGCGAUCAUUGGUCGACCAUCCCUUAAUAAGUUGAAGGCUGUAACCUCAACUUACCAUUUGAUGAUGAAGUUUCCUACUGAGGAAGGAGUAGGAGAGGUGAAAGGAGAUCAAGCUGCAGCAAGGAAAUGUUAUAAUAUUUCCCUCAAAAAAUCAGAUCUUGCUACGUUGACGGUCGGCGUGGUGGGUAGCCGAAGCCAAGAUCCCCUAAAAGGGGAACCUGUCGAGCCCUUGGAAGACGUGGAACUGGGAGAAGGAAAGGUAGUAAAGGUAGGAACACAGCUCGCCUCGGGAAUCCGAGACGCUCUCAUAACUUUUCUCCAAAGAAACAUGGAGGUAUUUGCAUGGACUCAUGAAGAUAUGCCGGGAAUCAGUCCCGAUGACAUUCACCAUCAACUCAAUGUGGAUCCAAGCAUGAAGCCAGUGAGGCAGAAGCGAAGAAAGUUUUCCUUCGAGCGGAAUAUGGCCAUCGCCGAGGAAGUAGAGAAGUUGCUUAAGGCUCUGUUUAUAAAAGAGGUAUAUUAUCCCGACCGGUUGGCCAGUGUGGUGCUGGUCAAAAAAUUCAACGGGAAGUGGAGAAUAUGUGUGGACUUUACAGACCUUAACAAAGCAUGCCCAAAAGCCAGCUUUCCUCUGCCACACAUUGAUGCGUUGGUAGACUCAACAGCUGGAUAUGGCAUGACUGACCGAGGCCUGUACUGCUAUAAGGUUACGCCUUUCGGUCUAAAGAACGCGGGAGCAACAUAUUAA